GUCGAGGUUCUAGCUAAUGCAGAUCAAGCUUUAAAAACGAGAAAGAGACAACUUAGUUUGAACCAAGCAAAUCCGUCGACCUUCAACACCAUGAAAGCCACUACCUUUGCACUUGCCGCUUUGGCACCCGUUGCGUUAGCUCAGCAAUCCACUCUGUGCGGUCAAUAUGAUUACUAUGCUGCUUCCGGUUACGAGUUCAACAACAACAACUGGGGCAAGGGCUCCGCAUCCUCUGGUUCACAGUGCACCUAUGUCGACAGUGCCUCGAGUUCGGGUGUUAGAUGGCACACCACAUGGGAAUGGCAGGGCGGCCAAGACAAUGUUAAGGCUUAUCCUUACAGCGGCCGCCAGAUUCAGAAGAAGCCUAUCAGCCAGUACAGCAACCUGCAGACGAACACGCAGUGGAGCUACGACAACACCAACAUCCGCGCCAACGUCGCAUAUGAUCUCUUCACUGCCGCCGACGUGAAUCAUGCCACCAGCAGUGGUGAUUACGAACUGAUGGUCUGGCUUGGUCGAUUCGGCAAUGUGUACCCUAUUGGACAGUCUCAGGGUCAGGUCAAUGUUGCCGGCCGCAACUGGGAGCUUUUCUAUGGUUACAACGGCGCCAUGCAGGUCUACAGCUUCAUCCCUUCUAGCCCUAUCAACUCCUUCAACGCCAACCUCAAAGACUUCUUCACCUACCUCACCAAUAGCAAGGGAUUCCCCGCCUCUCAACAAAACCUCAUCACUUACCAAUUCGGCACUGAGCCUUUCACCGGAGGCAAGGCUACCUUGACUGUCAACCAGUGGUCAGCUGAGGCAUCUUGA